CCGGAAUCCAGAUCCUCCAGUCGCCCACGGCCCACCCUCCGCCCUCUCCUCUUCCUUCCUUCCUACCUCUCCCUGUUCGUGUUCGUCUCGGCUUCCGGUCGCUGAUUCCGCGCGGAGAUUCUGUGGUGGCGGUGCUCGCUCGCUCUCUCGCGCGCGCUUGUGGUUUCGCGUGCAUGGGGCUCGACGUGGCGGAGAUCGGGAUGGGGCUGGAUCUGGGGCUCGACCUCAGGCUCUUCGCCGCGCGGAGCGCCGGCGGGAUGGCGGCGGCCGCGGCAAAGGGCGCGCCCGCGGGAAUCGAGGCCUGCAUCAGGAGCCUCGAGGAGGAGCGCCGCAAGAUCGAGGUCUUCAGGCGCGAGCUCCCGCUCUGCGUCCGCCUCCUCGCCGACGGUGAGAACAGCACACCACCUAUUAUUGUUUCUCCGCGGCGCGGUUUGCUGACGCGGUGUGCGGUGGCAGUGAUCGAGGAGUUGAAGGAGGAGGCCGCGAGGAAAGGCGGCGAUUCGGAGUUGAGGCCGGACGACGGCGACAAGAGGAAAUGGAUGAGCACCGCGCAGCUCUGGGUGGACUCCGACGCCACAUCCAAGUCCGAGAAAGAGCAACGAAAUGAGGUGACCUCGCCGGAGCCCAAGUUGCUCGGUGGCCCCAUGCCGAUACGGGCUGUUCCGGCGGUGCCGCUGCCGCCUCCACCGUGCUUCAGGAAGGAUGACAACGCUUCGGGAACUGCCGGAUUGCCCGGUCUGUCGUUGCUGCCACGGGCUGCAAAGACAUCGGUCUCUCCGGUCCCUGCCGUUGAUGAACACCGGCAGAACGCUGGCGCCGCAAGAUUGUCUGCCACCAUGUCACCAUCUGGCCCUGGACUCAACCUGCAUGCUCAGACUCAGCAGCAGCAACAACAGGCGAGGAAGACAAGGCGGUGCUGGUCGCCGGAGCUUCACCGGCAGUUUGUUGCUGCCUUGCAUCAACUCGGUGGCCCACAAGUUGCUACUCCGAAGCAGAUCAGAGAGGUGAUGCAAGUGGACGGGCUUACAAACGACGAAGUGAAAAGCCAUCUCCAGAAGUACCGGCUGCACAACAGAAGAUCGCCCGGCGUGGCUCCGGUGAGCCAGUCGAUUGUGUUGGUGGGUGGCCUCUGGGGUUCUCAGGAGCAAAGCAGCUCACAGUCAGGGUCUCCUCAGGGCCCCCUUCAGUUCUCUGGGUCAGGGACGGCCAUCUCUGCAGCCACCGUCGGCGGCGACGGCAGCAGCAGCGACGAAGAUGGCAAGUCUGAUGAAGGCUACAGCCGGAAAUGAUUGCAAGGCUGCGUUUGCAGAAGAUCGGUUGAGAGUGUAGAUGUAGCAUCGCGGCUUUGCGCAUCGGUGGCGAUAACAGAUUCGUCAGUCAGGAGAGGCUGUAGUGCAGCCAGGCCAUGCAUACAGGGAGAUUGGGCGGUGCGUGCCCAAGAGAUGAACUUAUCAUGAGUUUGGUUGUUGGUUGUCAUGUACAUGAAAAGCUGAUACCAGUUUUCAUGAGGCUUCUUGACUUUAGUUCCCGGGCAGAUCCAAAUUUUCGCCCUGAGAAUUAUAUACAUGCGAGAUUCACAUACUGUUGUCUGCUUGUUUCUAAGUUAUUAUCAUGUUAUUGAUUGCAAAUA